GAUGAGAAAGAAGAGGAGGUUAAGGAGGAAAAGAAGAAAAAAAAGAAUAACAAAGGGAAGGCCAAGUAUAUCAGAAAGACUGAUAAGACCAGGAAAGUGAAGGAGGCUACUGCCGAGGACCGACGGUUGAAGAGGGCCCACCCCACUGUUGCAUUAACUCUGGGCACGUUAAAGACAUGUGUAGUUGCCAAGCUGGACUCUACUUCCGAUCCCAAUCUCAAUCCCGAGCAACUUGCUGCAACAAUUCAAGGGCUCAUUCAAUCAUUUAUUAAAAUGUUGAAUGAGGCACGGAUUCGAGCUUUCUGGGCCUGCGCCUUGUGGAUCGAUAACCUGCUUACCACUGGGCCAUCCAAUCCAGCUGAUCUCCCACAACUCCUAGAUGAAGUUCUUGAUAGCAGGGACUUUAUUUACGGCCUUGCUGCGUUGUUGUAUCACGGAGUGAUGAGUCCAUUAUCUAGGUAUAGCAGGGAAGUGAAGAAAAAAGGCGAAGGGAACGUAGCCAAGCCGUCCCAGCUCAAAGCAUACGAAAACUUCUAUGCAAAGACAGGGCUUGGUCCUUUAAACCAGAUCUAUCCCGAUUUGGUGAUCAGCAGGUCGUCUCGGAUGGUCAUGGUCCCUGUUCAAGCAGCGCUAAGGUCUCACUAUCGGAAUGCGCAGGUAAAUAUAAUAUUAUAA